AGCCACGUUUUCACAGCCAACAGCGCUCAGUUCGAUGCGAUGUUCGGGACCCGCUUAGUGGUACUUCUCGUGACUCUGGGCUGCGGCCUCGCAGCAGAUGGCGCGUUGGGAGAUACGGCCUUGACUCAAGAUGACGAGUGCCAGACUUCGGAUGCUUCGCAGUGCUCCGCGAACUUCCUCCAAGUGCAGAAGGCCCCGGAAGAGGUUGAGGAGCUGAAUUUGUCUUCAUCCUACCACUACACCCACAUCGUGACACUCUACCAUCAGACCAGCGAGAGCGCUGGCAAGAGCAUUUUGAAGAGUGGGUUCCGACCCGGGCACUUGGGAUGGUGCGGCGCUGGGAUUUACUUCGCGCUUUCUCCCCAGGCGACCUCGGGCAAGAUCAAGGGUCCGGACUCCCACGCGGGGUAUAUGAUUGAAGCAAAAGUCAACGUGGGGAAAUCGAAGCGGAUGUCGUGGCAUUGCACCACCAGCGCGUCGUGCAAUCAUCAUCCCUUCGCGAAGUGCCAAGACAGGGAAAACCGCGGAAGCUGGCUUAAGAGACAAGGCUAUGACUCCAUUUACUAUCAGCCAGAUCCAUACGGUCCGGAGUAUGUCAUCUACAAUCCUGAUCUAGUAGUGUCCAUGAAAGGCUACAGGUAUCACCGAUGAUUUGUCGUAGGCCUUGCCUGCGGAUGUGGAUGUCAACUUGAUGUUCAUGUUCCAGGUUUCCUUUAUAACCCUCGCACACCGGGUGGAGGGUCGUUUGUCUUGGGGAAUCAAAGAAACACGCCGCCCACAUCACUUCCAACGACUUAGCCUUCAAAGUAAGGCAAAGUCCUCACAAGAACGACAUUGAACCAGA